GUGUGGCGGAGGGCGUGCAAAUGGCGGCGAGCACUGCAAGCACGCGAGAGGCGCUCUGCGGCGGACUGUAAACAAACGCCCGUCGGCCGCCAGAUAAAUGGAGGAGGAGGAGGAGAAACGCCAAGCGAUGGCCUGGCAGACGACAGUAGCGACGAGGUGUGAAGGCUGAGGUGGCGAAGCCCCGCCCCGUUCCGGCGCGAGCGCGGCGCAGCGUGAGAGAGUAAUUGGCCGUCUGCCGGCCCGCCAUCCAUCAACACCGCCAUUAGGCCCGGCCCACCGCUGCCGCGCGCUGAUUGGCUGCCCGGUCACGUGGUGCGGUGACAGCCGUAAGGCUGUCAAGACUGCAAGUGUAAUUUAGCUUCAUUUAUUUCAGAUUUAUCUCGCCAUCGACAGCUAAUUUGUGUGCGCACCCAUUGAGUCCUCGGCGCUGAGAGCUGGUCUGUAAAAGUGAGCCGGCGAUUAUGAAUUCGGAGGGCGACUACACGCUGUGUAACUUGGACACGCACUCCUACGCCAACGCCUUCACCAACAGUCCGGAUCUGUCCAACACCAUUUUCGCCACCCCACCGCACCCCGGGUACCAGGGCCUCAGCCACGCCGGAGCUGCCCACCACCGUUCCCUGGACACAGGUCAAGCCAGUGCUUACCACCUGCACUAUAGCGGAUCCCAGCAGGAGGGAGUUUUGGGGAACGGCACGGACCUACCUUUGGCCGCAGCCCCUCAGUCGCUGGGUGGGUACCCGCUCAACACCAGUGCCGCCCUCGCUCGAGCCGCUACCCGUCACCACGCGGGUGCAUCUCCGUAUGGUCACCUGCCGGACCUGUCUCUCUCCUCCACCUCACCUGACUGCUACCUCAACGGCAACACCGUUAAUGGCCCCAUCGGUGGUGGUCACAACGGCCAAGGCAUGUGUAUGGAUAUUUCACCCGGGGUCAGGCCUUGCUACCCAUGUCCCUCUGACCCCGUGCGCGGGGGUCCCCCUACCCCAACAGGAGGCUACCCCACAGCAGGGGUUCCCUCCCCCAUUAAAUCCGAAGGGUGUAACGGGGCCAGUGGGGCUCAGAACCUCCACAACAAGCCGUUCAGGUGGAUGACCAUCAAGCGGAACGCGGCAAAACCAGUGUCCAAGUCCAGUGACUACCAGUCCAACUACAGCUGCCAGAACGGCGUGUCUCUAGGAGGGGGAGGGCAGCAGGCCACGACAGGUAACAGCAAUGCCGCCGGGGUCGGGCCGGGGUCAGGACGGACCAACUUCACCAACAAGCAGCUGACGGAGCUGGAGAAGGAGUUCCACUUCAACAAGUACCUCACGAGGGCCAGACGCAUCGAGAUCGCUGCUGCCCUCGGCCUCAACGAGACGCAGGUCAAGAUCUGGUUCCAGAACCGCCGCAUGAAGCAGAAGAAGCGCAUGCGCGAGAUUCAGUUCGAGAAGUCGACGACAGGCGGCGCUGCGGACCACUGUGCCAGCGGAUUGGCGGGUCUGGACGGCUUGGGCAUGCCGGGACUGGCGCUGUGCCACGAGACGAGAUGAGCGCCGAGAAGGCACGGGAGCACGCGAGACUUGUGUGUUUACUGCAUCGCUACCUAAAAGCUCCAGGACUCCCGUGUCACACAGCUUGUCCCCCAGGCGAAAACGAGGCUUGUGACGUAAACUUGACACAACCCACUCUCUACCCCUUACCCCCUCUCAGCCCCGUUCUACCCUUGGAUUGAAGAUAAAAAGGGGAAAGUGUGGGGAAUCGAAUGCACUGCUUGAGGCUCAUUUGAAACAAUAUUCGUUGGGGAAACAAUGGGGGCGACUGUUGGCGAACUUUCACCUUCCGUGGUUCUGCUACAAGAUUCUUGGAAGAUGGGGUCAGGCGGUGUUUUCCUCCCGUCGUCCUCGCUCCGUGUUCUCAGUCCUGGAGCUGUGAUGGUUGUCUGCCCCUGGUCAUGUCCGAGGGAGGUCGUUAACGGCUCGCUAUGACGUCAUCACACUCGCUCCCACCCUCCACUCACCUGGUCAAAGGUGUGUGUGCGCCGGGGCUCCAGUCACCUGACAAGCGACACACUGUUCAUUCUCUCCACACGCUGGCAGACAUCACGCGAACAAUGUACUUGUCAUCUUUACUUAUCCCAUUUUAAUUUAACCAAUGAUAUUUUUACUUCAUGUUCACCAGUGUACUUGUCAGAGAUUUAAAUGGGGGCGAUAACUGAUAACAAUACCUUUUCUUUUCAUUUUUUAAAUAAGCUUUCUUUCUCUCCUUCUCUCUUACUCACUCGUUCUUUAGUUGUGUGCAUUGCAGUGAUGGACAUGUGUCUGUCAACAAACAUGGCGGUUGUGAAAGGUGGAGGUGUAGCAGCCCGACUACUGAGUGAAUGUGCGUGAAUGUUGCGCUGCUACCUGAGCAGACGACAGUGCACGUGGCGGUGAGGUGAUGAGCCGAGUACAGUAUUGUGAGGAUCUCUAGCUACAGUAUUGUCUUCUACCUUCCUCAUCUUCGCCAUUCAUUAUCAGUAAGUUCUCAUCAACAACAACAACAACAACAACAACAACAACAACAACAACAACAACAACAACAACAACCUGCUUUGUGCUUCAGGAAUUGUUCACUGAACUCGUAGAAAGAGUGACCUCCCCUGGACACGUUCUUCACUUGAAGUUUUCGUUGUCGGGUAGAAGAACUCUGUCAGUCCGGGUGAAGUCCGGGUGUCUCGACAUCUGUGCCACUUCAUGGUCGUGCUACUGUUACUGUCUCCGUGUCCUAGAAGAAAAAUAUUUUUUUCUGCAAAAGAUAUUAUCUUUUUUUUUUUUUUUUGAGAUUUCCUCAGUUUUAACACUGAGCUGCCAUGAGGUCUCCUGUCUUUAAUUAAUCUUGUUUUUCUAUUUUGUGUAUUGUUUCUCUUACAACUGAUUGGUGAUGCCAGCUGACAUGUUUUCCUUUCUUCAGUUCUACUUAGUUUUGUUGGUGAUGGUAGCUGUCCUUUUAUUUUGAUGUUUUCUCUUGCACGAAGUAUUUUUUUUUUUAUCUCUUCACGGCAGGCCGCGCUCUGGAAACUUGCCUUAAAAAUAAUUAUGUCGAUUAAAAAGAAAAGGUUUGCUGUGGAGCAGUGGAACUGUAAAUAAAGUCAACAAAGACAGCUGAUAAAAGUGAGGUUAGAGGGAAAGAGUAAAACCUUCUGUAAACAAGACCACGGUCAUGAGGUAGGUGAGUUGGUAAUGGUAAUUAGUUCUACAAGUGUAGGUGAGUUACUAAUGGUAAGCAAGCAGUGGUAAUGAGUUCUACAGGUAGCAGUGUCGGUGGAUUUUACCUGCAAACUGGAAAUGUACGCGCUGUACCUUUGCAGUCUUUGUCCAGUCUUGGUCUUGUCUAGAUCGUAAAUGCAGUUAUUCUUAGAAAAGGAAAAAAAAAUUCAAACUGACAUCUGCUUAAAACUGAGAUAGAAGAACAAAGGAGAAGAGGAGGAAAAUAACGAUUUCUUUAUCAAAGUUUGAGAAGACAGUUGACAGGUAGACUUCGUCUGUUUUCAAUCCGAAGAGUAAGAAGGUGGUUCUGUCCAUUCUGUCUUCUGUCUGUUAAGGUGUAUUGGGUACAUCGGUCAACAAUAACCGCUCACAGCAGACAUGUCAGGCCUGUAGUAAUACAUACAAACUGUUUAUCUCCAUCUCGAGGGAAGGAGCUUCUAGCGGCUUUCUUGUUGUCAAGACAACCUCAGUAUGCGCAGAGCUCGGUGCCUGCCGCUGUUACAGAUGUCCUCAUGGUGAUGGAUGGGCUGUGGGGCCAUGACAAUCCUGUUACCGUUGUCAAGGAAACGAGAGAACCUAUUGGUGCGCCGUGAGAUGUUGGUGGGUCCUCUGUCUAAAGCUUGUGACCUGGAGAGCACUGUCCCCCGUCUACUGGUUCCUCCCUUUUAAAUGUCCUCUGUAGAACCACGAUUAGCAGUUUACAUCUGAUUGAUAUUGUACAUUAAUUUUUCUCCACGUACCACUUGAAGAAGUGGAAGUGGGAAAGGUUGACCACAGAGAAGCCGGCAGCUUGGUACUACCACUACAGGCGGACAUUCGUCAAGAUGCUGCUUGCUUCUCUACUUUGUCAGCGGCUGAGCCACAUUCAGUAUCCAAUCUGGGGCUACACAAUCUUUUUGGAUGCUUUAUUGACACGUAACCUGUUGACUGGACAUCAACAUUAACAACUAAACUGUUGUGUGUGUUCUUGCAGUAAUCAGUCGCCGACAAUAGGACAAGGUCCGGCCUCACGCGGCUCCACUGUGCUGACCGUUACAGCCAACGAUUUAAAAUAACGGUUAUUUGUUGUAGUCUGGCAGUCAGUAAGUUUCAAGAUUUUUUUCUGCUGAUUAAAGCAGCAAAAUAUGUGACGUGAGCGGUGGCUGUCAGAGUAACAACGACAAGAACGAUCACCCAAUAAAUGAAGGGAGGCAACUGGAGACAGUGUGCACGUGCAGCCUGGAUUUCACUCACCGUGACAGUGAGCUCAGGUAGAGUGAGCUCCACUCCAUUAUCAGUGUGACACGGCUAACCUGCUCGCCAUAAUUAAAGGUUUCAUUCACUUUCACAAUCACGCCGAGGCCGUGAAGGGAAGGGAGAGAACUUACAAGUGGUUCGUCUUGUAUUUUUUUAAUCUUUUAAUAUCAGUAGUGUUCAUACCUCGCUCACUUGCGUUUUCUUUUAUUUAAAUCCAUGUUACCAGCUCAGUUCCUGAAGAAAAUAAUUUAAGUUUAUCUGACACGAGUUGUUUUAGGAACAACUGUUCCCUGAGACUACUACAGAAAUCUGAAAGAUGAAAUAUUUAUAAAGUGUAGAAACAGAUUCGCUCGGAUGGUGACCAAGUCCAGUAAAACUAAUUUCACACCUGUCGAUCAAUAUUUGCUACCUUGCUGUUAUACUAAAAAUCGUAAAGCAGAUACCCGAGAGGUCAACAGACGGGUGGCCCAACACGAAGGCAGGCCGGUUCGAUACACGAAAGACGCGGCGACUUUUCCCCAGUCAACCCACCUGUCGGCAAUGGGUGGGGAGGGUAUGGCAUUGAGGAAAGGAGAUUGUUGCCACCUUCACAUAAAGCUGUUGUCGAGAGUAUAGUUGUCUCAACCACCCAAAGGUCAGGGGUGAACUUUCUUUUCGUCAAGAAAACGCAGCGCAGUGAGUGGAGGUCGGUGUAUUUUCGAGGACAGUUACAGGUGCGAGCUACAGACACCUGGCCUGCAUCCGGCCAUCAGCUUGUAUCUUCCGUCACCUGAGUGCGAGGCAACACGUGUAUGUGUGUGUGUGUGUGUGAUGCACGUGUCUGUUGUGUCUCAGUACGGUGGACAUUGCAGACAGGAAUGUAGUAGGGAGGGUGGAGGAAGUGUGUAUAAACGCGAUUAUUUUCUUGAUUUAAAACAAGAAGAAAAGAGUGAAAGAAAAAAAUCGACAUUGUGUUGCUGUUUAUCUCCCUUCACUCUCAUUUCCUCUUGCUCUCUGAUUCGUGCGGCCAUCUUGUGUUGCCAGUCACCAGUCUCGUGAAAGUCUAGUCUGUGUUGGUCACGUGCCCUUGUCACGUGAUCAGUGCUCCUCGCCAUGUGUUCAAAAUGUUUUGUCGGCUCCAGCUCUGUAGCUCGUUUGUGUAUCUUCUCGAACAUCUUGGGUCCACGGAGAGUGGAGACAGCUUUUUCAAACAACUGACCUUUCAACCUUUCAGCUGUGUACUUAUCUAUGCGAACUACGUCACGUACUAGAACUGCAUCCAGCAGUCUCUCACAAAGAACUGUAUCCAGCAGUCUCUCAAGCAUAACUGUAUCCAUCAGACUGUCACAGAGAACCUAUCCAGUCUCUAUCUGUCUAUCAUGUCCUUGUAUCCUCCAGUCUCUGGUCCAGCGAUGGGCCGUGAAGUCUGUUACAACGUCUGUGACUGAACUUCCGGUGCUGCAUAGUGUGACAAAAUCUCAGUGUGAGGCUUGGAAAGAUAGUUUUUUGUACUUUCACCUCAACUUCAAGCGGUCUACAUCUCAUUUCCUCCGACCCAAGCUGAGACUUGUUUUGGCUUCCAUAGACCUUCUGUUGUUGUCUCAGUGGCUGGCUGUCAACAAACAAACAUCGCGUCCAGUGAGUGUCGGCCUGUUACCAUCUUGAGUUUUUAUUUGUUUGGCUGUGAGAUCACGUGACAUUGCACCCCUCCACUAGGACUGGGCACUGUUCGCUUCCUAGGAUGUUCACGUAGUGCAAAUCAGCAAACAACAACAACAACAAAAAUCCCGUAAAUGGACAACGUGGGCGGUAAUCUCACUCGUGAUCACGUGGUCUUACUAGUACAUGCGUGGUUUGGUGCUAACGGCCUCUAGCAUGUCAUCAACAACAUGAGGCAAACAAUCAAAAACGUAACGAAACUUAAACUUGCUAGCGAUACAUCUGACCAACAGGUAAGUGCAGACAGGUAGGUAUAUGAUGUACUUUGUACAGGGAAGGUGUCGUCAGGCUGUUCACUCUGACUCGUCACGUGAUCGGUUGAAAGACCAGAACUGUGGUUUCUGACAUCAAAAACCCCCUCGCUCCUCUAUCUACUCCCCCCCUCCCCAUUUUAAUCUACGCUCUGUACUGUACACCCGUCAUCGUCGUGACCUAUGACCUGUGUUGUAUAUAUGUUGUGUAUUUAUUGCCACUGGUGUAUGUUUACAACGUCCAUUUAUUAUGUGGCGAAUUAAAAAAAAGGUUGUUAACACUUUUGUUCUCGAAAGACAUUAACUUUCCAAAUGACAAAUAAAUGUCAUUACACACACCUGAGGCGUCUUGUGUCUGCAGCUUGGGCGAGCACGUGCUCAUUUGCAUGGGGUCACAAGGGGGUCAGCUUGUGCGUGUGUGUGGGUGGGUGUGAGUGUUUGUGGUGUGAGUGUGUGUGCAGUGUGCAUAGUUCGAUGUGCUGUUCAACAAACUGGAAAUGGUCAGCGAAUCAACUGCCGAAGAACAACAAACAUUCCGGCAUUAUUUAUUUAUAUAUUGCAUCUCUCGCGUUUACAAAAAAAAAUAAAAA